AUGGCGGCGAUGCAAGAUUCUACCCUACACCUCCCUCGCAUCAUCUGCCUCCAUGGAGGCGGCACAAAUGCCCGAAUCUUCCGCCUACAAUGUCGCGUCUUAGAAAGCACCCUUCGCUCAACCUUCCGCCUCGUUUACGUCGAAGCACCAUUUACUUCACAGCCAGGUUCUGACGUGACUUCAGUAUACAAGAAUCAUGGCCCGUUCAAGUCCUGGCUACGCAUCACAUCCUCGGACGUCGCACACGAACCACGCCACAUUAUAGACUCUAUCAACACCGCUAUCGCAACAGCAAUGUACGCAGACACACAAUCUGGUGCGACAGGGGAGUGGGUUGCUUUACUGGGUUUCAGUCAAGGUGCCAAAUUAGCCGCAAGCAUCCUCUUCGCACAGCAAUCAAUGCAACAGCGUGCAGGCCCAAAUGCUGUUAUCUGGCCAAAUUUUCGGUUCGCUGUUCUGAUGGCUGGUCGGGGACCAUUAGUCUGGUUGCUGCCCGAAAAAAAUGAUGACUCCUCAUCUAUAUCUGCUGCUCUUGUUGAUGCGGCUAGUCCUUCUAUUGGGGGUCAUGAGCCUGAUAUUCCGAUAGAUUCCGAUGAGCAUGUCUUGCGAAUACCUACGGUGCAUAUCCAUGGACUGAGGGAUCCAGGGCUGAGAACCCAUCGGGCCCUUCUAAGCAACUACUUCGAGGAAGACCUGGUAUCGGUAGUGGAGUGGGAAGGUGAUCACAGGAUACCGAUUAAACGGAAGGAUGUUGAUGCCGUUGUAAAGGAAAUUUACAGUUUGGCAAAGCUCACCGGCGUGUUAGAUACAUGGUGA